CGUUACCGGCGGGAGCCGGGCCCUCGGGACUGAUACCGGACGCCGCGGCCCGGCCGGCCGGCCCCGGAGCCGCGGGGCCCCGGCGCGGCCUAGCGCUCCCGCCGUCCCGGAAGGGCCCGGCGCGGCCGCCGAGCGGGGCCACGGACGGCGGCAGGAGUCCGAGGAGCCGGUCCGGGAUCCGGCGGGCGCGUCCGGUCGCCGGGAGACGACGGCCACAGUACCAACCAGCAAUCCAGCCGACUUUGCCAGUAGCCACAAGGGGUAUCAGGGAGAAAGUAUGGAUGGAUCCUUGCAAAUCCAUUACUGCUAUGAGAAAAACAACUGAAACCACAGGAGUGGACCCUGUCACCCUCCCCACCCACCCAGCAGUGAAGUCCUUCCAGUGGCACUCCUGCCUCAUUCUCCAGGCAUUUUUUUAUGCUGUAAUUGUUUACUUGUCUGCCUGCCCCACAAACUACCUGAGGGGUGUCAGCUGUGAUGCAUGUUUAAAAGGAAAUUUUCGAGGUCGCAGAUAUAAGUGUUUAAUUUGCUACGAUUACGAUCUUUGUGCAUCUUGUUAUGAAAGUGGUGCAACAACAACAAGGCAUACAACUGACCACCCAAUGCAGUGCAUAUUAACAAGGGUAGAUUUUGAUUUGUACUAUGGUGGGGAAGCUUUCUCUGUAGAGCAGCCACAGUCUUUUACUUGUCCCUAUUGUGGAAAAAUGGGCUAUACGGAGACAUCUCUUCAAGAACAUGUUACUUCUGAACAUGCAGAAACAUCAACAGAAGUGAUUUGUCCAAUAUGUGCAGCGUUACCUGGAGGCGACCCUAAUCAUGUCACGGAUGACUUUGCAGCUCAUCUUACACUUGAACACAGAGCCCCUAGAGAUUUAGAUGAAUCGAGUGGCGUUCGACAUGUACGUAGAAUGUUUCACCCUGGCCGGGGAUUAGGAGGUCCUCGUGCGCGUAGAUCAAACAUGCACUUUACUAGCAGUUCUACUGGUGGACUUUCUUCUCAGAGUUCAUAUUCUCCAAGCAAUAGGGAAGCCAUGGAUCCUAUAGCUGAGCUCUUAUCUCAGUUAUCAGGAGUGAGACGUUCUGCAGGAGGACAGCUGAAUUCCUCGGGCCCUUCCGCUUCUCAGUUACAACAACUGCAGAUGCAGCUGCAGCUGGAACGGCAGCACGCGCAGGCGGCACGGCAGCAACUGGAGACUGCACGCAACGCAAGCCGGCGUACCAACACAAGCAGUGUCACCACUACAAUCACACAGUCCACAGCAGCAGCCAACACAGCUAACACAGAAAGCAGUCCGCAGACUAUCCAGAAUUCCCAGUUUCUUUUAACAAGGUUGAACGAUCCUAAAAUGUCUGAGACAGAGCGCCAGUCCAUGGAGAGUGAGCGCGCAGACCGCAGCCUGUUUGUCCAAGAGCUCCUUCUGUCCACUUUAGUGCGCGAAGAGAGCUCGUCCUCAGACGAGGAUGAACGGGGGGAAAUGGCAGAUUUUGGUGCUAUGGGCUGUGUAGAUAUUAUGCCUUUAGAUGUUGCUUUAGAAAACCUAAAUUUAAAAGAGAGUAAUAAAGGAAAUGAGCCUCCACCACCUCCUCUUUGAUGACAUCCCAAUUCGCAGACAAUGUCCUCUGUGCUGUAUUUGCCAAUGAAAGUGGACAACAACUAUCUUGGGUUUGUUUGGUGAUUGUAAUUUCAGGUCUGUCACUCUUGUUACAUUGUGUACAUUCAAAAGGAAGAGAGAAAAUAUAUAUGAUAAUCAUUUCCACUUAACUAAUUUUUACUUCUAGCAGGUAAAUGUAGGUAGCAGUGCAGGGGUGAUCUCUGCUUCCUGUACCUUGACAUGCAAAGGCUCUCCUAAUACUCCACGUUCAAACUGAAGAGGAAAAUUGAGAUCUCUAAUGAAGCUGCUGUGUGUAUUUAUGAAUAUUAAUGAAUAAAAACUGCUUGGAUGGUUUACCUUAACUACUGCAUGAGGUUUUUUGCAGCGUGCAUGAGUUUUAGUGACCUUGUUAUUUAAAAAAUUUAAAUACAAGGAGUAAAACUUAAACAAAAAUAAAAGCCCAAAGCUUUCCCAAACAUUAUUCAAUGGUUACACGGCAAAAGAGUUACUUGACGAAGUAGCUUUUGAAUAAUGUCUGCCUGAAUCACCUUUCUUUGUGUGCCUCCUAUGCACAAGCCAGCUCUGCAGUGGAACCUGGGGUCUCAGCCGGUGUCGCGCUCCGCCCUGUGUGACUGUCCUGUCGCCCUGUUAGUCAUCUUACCGUGUGGAGCUCAGCCUGUCUAACUCAUCCAUAGAAGAUACACCCGUCCAGCUACUGCGGGAAUCUGCUGCAGGCGUCUGUGUGCCCUGAAAACAAAUCCUGUUCUGUUUGUUUAAAGUUUUUACUUUUUGUGGUUGUUUAAAAUUUUUUUCAAUUGUUAAAUAUGUUUUAUUCAGGUGUAGAUGAAUUUCAUUUAUUCACUGUUCAACAGAGUUAACCUGAAUUAUGUUGUCUUUGUUUUUGGAAAUCUCACAUUCUCAAUCAUACUUUGCGUUAUUUAUGUAUUUGCUUCAUAGUUUGCUGAGAUAGAUCAGUAUCAGGGGAGCUUUGAGGAUUUGCCUUCCCAGACUUUGUCAAUAUAUUACAACCAAAUUCUUAAUGCUAACUUUAGUACCUUUUAUUUAUUGGGUUUUUUUCCAGCAUAAAAAGUAAAGCCUUUUAAUUGAAUCAUGCCACCUAUAUGCCUAUAUUAUUAAUCCUAUGUGUAAAAAACAAAAAAAUGUACAGCUUUUUUGGGUUUGUUUUGGGGUUUGGAGGGGCCGGGAUAUUUUUUAUUUUCUGUUUCAGUUUUUGUGCAUAGACUUUCACAAUAGCUCCAAGGCAGGGACAGUGGGUUUGGGGGUUGGGGGGCAGUUUCUGGAAUGUAAAUUUAGGACUUUUAAAAAAGGUGCGCACAGCUUCUGAUAAAUUUAUAACUAGACUUAACCUAAUCAUGUCUUGUUCCAGUGCUCUCUCUCCUCUGAGCCCUUUCCUCCGUCUCCCCUCUUCCCGCGCAGUCCUUUCCUUCCCCGUCUGUGUUUCUCUUGUUUCUUCAACACGACAAAGCAUACAGACUCGAGCACCCUCCGGUGUUCUCCCGAGAACUGUGAAGUCCAUGCUCAUCCAGAUGUAACCAAAAAAGACGUCACCCCAUAUUUCUAAAAAACUGUUGCUUCUCCUCCUCUGAAACUUCAGACUCCAACAAUUUCCAAAUAUCCUAGCUUUGUUUUCUUUAGUUUCUGUGAUGGAAAAUGUUUUAAAGAAAAAUUUUACACCAGGCUUCUGGUUACGCUGGAAGUCCAGUCCAGUAGGAUUUUUUUUCUCAAUUGGUUGUUGAGACGUUUCAAAAACCAGUUUUCAAGCUGUGGUCUUUUCACACACAUCUUCUGCACAUACGUCACACAUUUCAAUAAAGCAUUUUCAAGACUGUU